CCUACAAUAUUGAUUGAUUGAUUUCUUUUUUUUUGGUCGUUCUCUGUACGUAAUGUAUAAAUAUAUAGACAUAAUUAAAGUCUCAGUGUAAAUAUUCAAAAUUUUUCCCAAUACAAUUUCAAUUAUUUAAAUUUUAAUCUGCAGAAAAUACUAUAGAUUAAUAUUGAAAUUUUAUAACAGCACGUUAAUCAAAAAACAAUAUAGGUAUAUCAUUUUUCUAACGAGAAGUAUAAAUACUGUACAUAUUUCGUAAAGUUUUUCACGAUUCUUUUCCAUGUAUGUGCAUAUAUAAUUUUGUUUAAUCAAAAAUCAACCACUUGCAUCAUUCGUUUAAUUUUCAUCAUCGCUACUAAUGAAACGCAAUAACAAUAAUAAUGAUUGAUUGUAAUUCGAUCCUUCGAACGAUUGACCGUUUAGCAUGUGUAGUUAAUUUUUGUUAUCUCUUUCUCCAACGAGGUGCACGAAAUUUUAAAUAAAAAGUACCUGAUUACAACAAAAAAACUAAAAAUCAAGGGAAACAACAAGACGAUGACGAUAUCUGCUGCAGGUUAAAAUUAUGAAGUUACAAAUGACGAUUUGCGUAUAAGCAACAGUUUGUGAGUGAGGACCGAAGAUUCUUACGUGGGUGGAAUCAAACGUGCUAUGCACACACUGUUAUGUCUUUCGAUGAAAACGUUGAACAGUUUUUGUCUGUCUUCUGAUAUAAACAUAUAAUAUAACGUUUAAUUGUUGAAAUUUUUUCCCUGGAUAUUCAAAGGGAUCAUCCCGUAGGUGAAUUAUUUUAGUUGGAUACGAUUCAAAGGAAACAAUAAAAUAGAGGCAAAAUAAAAUAAAGAAACAAGAAAAAUAUUGUGCAACGAUUUGUGCGUCGAUAAAUAAUUUUGAGGAUAUAAAAACGUUGAGUGGAAGCGGAGAGACAAACGAAAAGAAAAAGAAUGAGAUAAAAAAUGGAAAAGAAUCAGCGGCUCGAACGACUUCAAGAAACAUAAUAAUGGAGUCUUGAUAAAUAAUAUUUUUGAAAAACAAUUCGAGUAUUGUUCAUCAAGAAAAAUGGGGAACGCUUCGGAUACUGUUAAUCUGAAUUUCACAUCAUUCGACUACCCGGAUCGUGAUCUCAUGGCGAAUUCGGCGGUACAAGCGGUCUUUUGUAUAUUAUAUGGAAAUAUAUUCGUACUCGGAUUGUGUGGUAACGUUUUGGUGUGUUUUGUGGUGGCGCGAAAUCGUCAAAUGCAAACGGUAACGAACCUUUUCAUAACAAAUCUCGCCCUAAGUGACGUUCUUCUGUGUAUAUUAGCCGUUCCAUUUACUCCACUCUACACUUUCCUCGGUGGUUGGGUGUUUGGUAAUACCUUAUGCCAUUUAGUUCCGUACGCCCAAGGCGCCAGUAUCUACAUAAGCACGUUAACUCUGACUGGGAUAGCGGUGGACAGAUUUUUCGUCAUAAUUUAUCCCUUUCAACCUAGAAUGAGGGUGGAAGUUUGCAUUUCGAUAAUAGCUGGGAUAUGGGUGAUAGCGUUAUUUUUGACCUUACCUUACGGUCUCUACAUGCAACUCGAAGAGACUUACAGAUUCUGCGAAGAAAAUUGGCCAGGCGAAAGAAUCCGAAAGGUUUUCAGCUGCCUGACGUCGAUCCUCCAGUUUGUGCUGCCAUUCUUCGUGAUAGCAUUCUGCUACGUCUGCGUUUCCGUCAAAUUAAACGACAGGGCCAAGGCGAAACCUGGAAGUAAAACGAGCCGCAGAGAAGAAGCUGACAAAGAACGUAAACGCAGGACGAACAGGAUGCUGAUAUCAAUGGUCACGAUAUUCGGCGUAUCUUGGCUUCCUCUCAACAUCGUUAAUGUUUUAAACGAUUUUUAUUCACCUGCAUCCGAUUGGUCGUACUACAGAUUGUGCUUUUUCAUGGCUCAUUGCCUGGCAAUGAGCAGCACCUGCUACAACCCUUUUCUAUACGCGUGGCUGAACGAAAACUUUCGCAAGGAGUUCAAGCAGGUAUUACCGUGUUUUAGAAGGUCGUCCGAAGGUCGUGGUCAAAGAUCCGUAGGUGGUAUGAGAAGCGAAAGGACUUGCAACGGUGACGGUGAUCCGGAUGGUAACGGUAACGGAAUCGUAACCGAAACCGUUCAGGAAGAGUCACUAUUACACGGGACGAGGUGCACGGCAAAUCCGGCCACUCCCACCGGAUGUGAACUCGUUACUUUGGAUCCCUCAACGAGCUCCUUAGGGUCCGAUAACUGCAAGGAAGAAAAAGGACGCGUGAAAAACGACGUCGCUGAAUACGAGCUUUAAAAAUUAUGGACGAGGAAUAUUCACGGCGACGCGAUAGAUUUUUCUCCCACUCUUUUUUCCUUCUCUCAGUUCUUUUUCUUAUUUUUUCUCUUUCAUUUUGGAGAACCGGAGAAUAAGGUGAGUGGAGUGAGUGAACAAAUAUAAUAAAGUAGAAUGUGGAAGAUUUUCUGUUCCGUUCGGAUCGUUGAGUAGGGAAAAAUUGAGCAAUGGUUCGUGAUUCUACUCAGUUAGAUUUUUUUUCUUUGUUUCCUAUUUAUUUCGUCUGAUAUUGUAACCCUCUGAUUGCUGCAACGACGAAAAAAUUUCCGGUCCUCGCGAGGCAAAAUCGAGACCAUUAAACGCAUUAUUCGCCAUACUUCGAAUAUUUUUCAGAAAAUGGAACGUCAACGAUUCUACUCUCUGUAUAAUAUUUUCAUCCGGAUGUUUUUUUCUUUAUUUUUCUGUGGUAGGCAUUCACGGACCGAUAAAUCCGGGGAUUUUCUUCUCCCCUUUCGAUUUGUGGAAAAAAGUGAUGGCUUUUAAAAUCCAACGGCUUUAACAUGUGUACCACAAUAGCUUGUACGAAAUAAUCCCGUGCAUUCGUAUGUAUGUGUGUAAUGUAUAGGUACAGGAGAGUUUGAGGUACUUGAAAAACGCGCAGAUUGAAAGCUCAAAAGUUUAAACGUUCAAAUCCAGUUUGGGCAUAAAUUUCACAAGUUUAGUCCUCUCUCCCUAAGCUCCGACAAUUCUAGAUAAUCAACUAAAACCAAAUUCCGGUGAAACUCUUUAAGAAAGAGAAAAUAAAAGUUAAAGAAAAAAAGAUGAAAAAGAAGAACUUUGCUAACGUGGUAUGAAAACGUUCGCUAUUUCCGUUAGCCAAAUUUCAUCGCCUUCGUUCAGGUUUCCCCUACGCAGCGUUCAUGAAUAAACUGCGAAUAAGUGUAAUCUACUCCUCGUAAUAAUGCUAAUGUUAAAAUGUCUGGUGAAAAAAAGGAAAAAGAAAAACGGAUCUCAAAAAUAAAGUAGAUUACGUGAUGUAUGGUAUACGGGUGGGAAAAAACCGGAUUUGUCGUCGUGAGCUGGGAAAUCUGAAGAUUGAUAAAUAAAUAAAAGCGUCGCGAAUAUGUAUACCUGAGGAAAUUCCAUUGCAGCAACAGGCUUUCGGUUAUUAUACGGUUCGUACCGCGAGAGUGAAACCGAGUUUUCUUUUCUCUCUAUUUGGAAAUGGAGUGAAGAAUAAUGUGGCAGUGUAAAAGGAAUGCGUACGAGUGAAUGAAGCUCCACUAGGUUGACUCUGCAGCUAUUUCCGGGGUUUAAAUCUGGGUCAGGAAUCUUGAGCUAUUCUUCCUCGCUAUAAAGGAUCACAUUUAGGGACUAGAGUAGCGAGUUAACAUUGUGGUUUAAACCUCGAGCGGUAGAAACGUCUCCUUAAUCUUCAACUCCUUAUGUACCUAAAUCUGAGUCUCUCCAUCUCUCUCUCUCUCCUCUCUUUCUCUUGCUUCUUGGAGGAUCAGAAAUGAGGGUGAUUAUUAUCUAGGGGUUGGAAGUUUUCAGGUGGUGAGACCAAGUCGAGUAAACCAACAGAGACCGGUGACUGUCUUCUCAAUCCAAGGUAAACUGACAAGGCAAAGGUGGAGAUUUUGCUUACCUCGUGGAGAAAAUAGAGGAGGUCCAGUAAUUGCCAAAUCACAAACU